AAAUUUCAAAUUCUUCUGACAAUUCAAUAUUAACAAUACCAAACAUCAUCGAUUCAGAAAUUUCAAUAGAAAAUGAAUCCACAAUCGCUGAUGCUUCUACCAAUAAACCUACCAUUACAAUUAUUUCGACAAAAUUCAAAAAACGACAAAUUAAAAAAAAGCGACAAGCGUCUAUAGAAAAAUCGAAAAUGGAAGCGCGUUUAGAACUUGAACAAGAAAAACACAUAGAGGCUGAACAUGAGUCACAAAGAUUGAGUAAAAUGCGAGAAGUUGAGGAACGUAUAAAACGAUUCAAUGAAAUUAAAAUAACGACUGAAUAG